AUGGAGCAGGACGAUCCCAUCAAGCAUGAGUUCUUGAGGCUCCUGAACGAAUGGCGAGGGCUCGUCGAACUGCCGUGGCUCUUCCUGAACAACAAGCUCAUGGAGUCAGCUCAGCGCCGCGCCGACGAGAUGGAGCGAAAAUCGGAAAUCGGUCUCGAUUCUGAGGACGGCAAGUCGAUCGCACAAGAGCUGAAUGAGGCCGGCUACCAGGUCACACGCUGGACAUACGACGUGUCGCAAGGCAUCAUCGACGCCAAGCAGGCCCUAAGCGUUUUUGUCGAGGAUAACGGCUCCCGCGCUCACUUGAGGGACGCCUUCGUCAAGGAGGCCGGCGUGGGCUUCUCCGCUGAGGGCGGCCGAUGGGCGAUCCUGCUGGCCAGGCGGCAGAGCGAGUGCGGCAACGGACUGGUCGAGGCUGAAGAGGAGUGCGACGUUGGCGACACCUUCGACGAGUGCUGCACGUCGGAGUGCAAGAUCGGAGAGAGCUGCGAUUGCUACCAGCCCGAGAACAGCCCCACCACGACGUGCUCACACUGGUGA